AUGUAUUCCUCUUCUCUUCCCAACCUAAACACCUCCUCCCUCACUGUCUUCAUGGCUAGUGAGCACCAAGAAAACUCAAAUGCUGCACAGUACUUGCGGUAUUUUACAGAUGAAGAUAGCAAAAGUGAGGAAGAGGAAGAUGAAGAAGAAGAGGAAGAGGAAGAUGUCGAGGAGGAAAGCCCACAUGAUUGCAAAAGCAUACUUUUAAAUAUGUGUGGUGGUGGCUCUAAAAGAAGAGGAUGGUCUCUAGGGAACGUGUUAGACCCUAGAGCCAAAUGGGUUCAAGAAUGGAAUAGGGUUUUUCUCCUUGUGUGUGCCGCAGGACUUUUUGUAGACCCUCUCUUCUUUUACGUCCUAUCAAUAAGCGACACGUUCAUGUGCCUGUUCGUCGACGGGUGGUUUGCCAUCACAGUCACAGUUCUCCGGUGCAUGACCGAUGUUUUGCACUUGUGGAACAUGUGGCUGCAGCUGAAAAUUGCCAAGAGACCACAUGGUGGCAGUGGAAGUGGUACUGGAGAUGGAGCAAGAGGAGUGUCCGGCGUUGCCAGUCCUCGCUCCUCGGCCCUGAGGUACUUGAAGGCAAAGAAAGGGUUUUUCUUUGAUCUCUUCGUUAUUCUUCCUCUACCCCAGAUUGUAUUAUGGGUGGCAAUUCCAUCUUUAUUGCAUAAAGGAUCAGUGACAGUAUUGAUGAACGUGUUUUUGAUCAUUUUCCUCUUCCAAUAUCUUCCAAAGAUAUACCAUUCAGUCUGCCUCCUUCGACGCAUGCAAAAUCUCUCUGGCUAUAUAUUUGGCACCGUUUGGUGGGGAAUUGCUCUCAACAUGAUUGCUUACUUUGUUGCAUCUCAUGCAGCAGGAGCAUGCUGGUACUUGCUGGGAAUUCAAAGGGCUGCAACGUGCUUGAAAGAACAAUGCAGAGAAACAACGGGUUGUGGCUUGAGUUUGUUGUCUUGCAAAGAGCCUAUUUACUAUGGAACAGCAAGGAAGGUGAUGGAGAAAGCAAGAUGGGCAUGGGCAGAAAACAAGCAAGCAAGGUCUUUGUGCUUAGACAGCCCUGACAAAUAUGAUUAUGGAGCAUAUAAAUGGACCGUUCAACUCGUCACCAAUGACAGCAGAUUAGAGAAGAUACUCUUCCCAAUCUUUUGGGGCCUAAUGACUCUCAGCACUUUUGGGAACCUGGAGAGCACAACAGAAUGGUUAGAGGUUGUUUUCAACAUCAUUGUUCUGACAAGUGGACUGCUCUUGGUCACGAUGCUGAUAGGAAACAUCAAGGUAUUCUUGCAUGCAACUACAUCAAAGAAGCAAGCAAUGCAAUUGAAGAUGAGGAAUAUAGAGUGGUGGAUGAGGAAAAGACACUUGCCCACCGGGUUCCGGCAGCGAGUACGUAACUACGAGCGGCAACGGUGGGCAGCAAUGAGAGGUGUUGAUGAAUGUGAGAUGAUCCGGAAUCUACCUGAGGGCCUUAGAAGGGACAUCAAGUACCAUCUAUGCCUGGAUUUGGUGAGGCAGGUACCACUGUUCCAACACAUGGAUGAUUUGGUCCUAGAGAACAUAUGUGACCGUGUAAAGUCUCUCAUUUUCACAAAGGGAGAAACAAUUACAAGAGAGGGUGACCCUGUGCAAAGAAUGUUAUUUGUAGUAAGGGGACAUCUCCAAAGUAGCCAAGUUCUCAGAGAUGGUGUCAAAAGUUGCUGUAUGUUAGGCCCUGGAAAUUUCAGCGGUGAUGAGCUCUUGUCAUGGUGCUUAAGAAGACCUUUUAUUGAACGUUUACCACCAUCUUCAUCAACAUUGGUCACUCUUGAGACAACCGAGGCAUUUGGGCUGGAAGCUGAAGAUGUGAAAUAUGUGACACAACAUUUUAGGUACACAUUUGUCAAAGAGAGAGUUAAGAGAAGUGCAAGGUAUUAUUCACCUGGAUGGAGGACUUGGGCUGCUGUGGCUAUUCAGUUGGCUUGGAGAAGGUAUAAGCAUCGGCUAACCCUUACUUCCUUGUCAUUUAUAAGGCCUAGAAGACCUUUAUCAAGGUGUUCUUCUUUGGGAGAGGAUAGGCUUAGGCUUUAUACAGCUUUGUUAACUUCACCAAAGCCAAAUCAAGAUGAUUUUGACUUUUGA